AUGCCAGGCGACGAUGUUAUCAAGAAGGCGCAGGAGGUCCAUGAUUCUUUGAAGGCCUUGAUCAGCAAAGUAAGGGAGCAAAAUGACCAGCUGGAUAAGGUGAGUGGCUUGGAUUUGAUGUGUUUUGACUUUUAGAAGCUUUAAUAACGGGAGUCAAGCGGUUUGGAAGCGGCGAAAAUUAAUUUUUAGAGUAAUAUCGGAUGUCUUUGGAUUUUUUAUGUUUUGUUUUACUUUUCCUGCCUAUCCACACCAUUUUCAGCGACAACCUCUUCCCGAUUUCUCAGCCCAGUCAUCAAGCAAAUCGCAGCCUGUUGUUCGGCAAAAAAUCGCUGAAAUGUCUGAUGAAGUCGUCGACUCGAAUCCCUACUCUCGACUGAUGGCCCUCAAACGAAUGGGUGUAGUGAAAAACUACGAAAACAUUCGAAAGAAAUCGUUGGCAGUUGUUGGAGUGGGUGGGGUUGGCUCUGUGGUCGCCGAAAUGUUGACUAGAUGUGGAGUUGGGAAGCUCAUUUUGUUCGAUUACGACACCGUGGAGCUGGCGAACAUGAAUCGCCUCUUUUAUAAACCGGAUCAGAGCGGAUUGAGCAAGGUUGAGGCGGCCAAAGAGACCUUGGUGUAAGUAUUUUAAUUGUUUUUUUUCUGUGUUUAGAUAUUUUUUGCAAAAAAUGAGGUCUCUUAUUUCUGUAUCUUUACAGAAAGAUCAAUCCAGAUGUUGAGUUUGAGACCCACAAUAUGAAUAUUACCACCAUGACCAACUUCAAUAUUUUUAUGGAGAGAAUUCAACAUGGCUCUUUGACCGGUGGUGCCGUUGACCUGGUUCUUAGUUGUGUCGACAACUUUGAAGCCAGAAUGACCAUCAACACCGCUUGUAAUGAACUUGGACAGACUUGGAUUGAAUCUGGAGUUAGUGAAAAUGCUGUUAGUGGUCAUAUCCAAUUUAUUGAGCCAGGAAGAACACCUUGCUUUGCGGUAAGUUUUUGGUUUUGUUUAGGUAAUCGAAUCAGAAAUCUAAAUUAGAACACAAGGCUCGAAGACGUUUUAUACGAUGAAACAUGUUUUAUCGUAUAAGAUGUCUCCGAAGGAUCGUACAGUUACAGCUUUUCUGUAAUUUAAUAAUUGCACUUUCAGUGUUCUCCACCAUUAAUUGUGGCUACAGGAAUCGAUGAGAAGACCUUGAAAAAAGAUGGAGUUUGUGCCGCUUCCCUUCCCACAACAAUGGCGAUUGUUGCCGGUCUACUCGUCCAAAAUGCCCUCAAAUUUCUCCUAGAAUUUGGUGAAGUCUCCGUGUUCCUCUGCUACUCCGCCAUGGAGGAUUAUUUCCCACGAGCCGACCUCAAACCGAACCCUUAUUGCUCAGAAAAUCACUGUAAACAAAGACAGAAAGAAUACCAAGAGAAAUUGGCUCGAGAAGGCCCAAAAGUGGAGGAAAAACAACAAGUCGAGGUUGUCCAUGAAGAAGAAUGGGGAAUAGAAGUGGUAGAUGAGUUUGUACCAGAGGAAAAGGCCACGGAAGUCGCGCAAGGAAUCAAGUUGCAAUAUGAAGCAGCUGAUGUGGAAGAACAACAAGAAGAAGUGCCAGAAGAGGCCGAAGAUCCAGAAGAAGCCAAGAGAAAGUUGGCUGACAUGAUGGCACAACUAAAGGCGAUGAAAAAGGAGUAG